AAAAUAUAUUCUGUCAAUGUUUGUAUAAAUGCAAUUGCUCACCGGCGUUGCAGCUCAGCACCAUUUUGUCUCCGACCGCCUACAAAUGGCCAAGAACGCUUGCGAGGAUUUAGGUGAGUUCAUAUGGGAGAUUAUUCGUUUCAUUUUUGUGUUAGCCAUAUAUAAAACCCGAGUGCUUCCUACUGUCCACUUAGAUCAACUGUUUGUUCCCACCCUUAAUUCCACCCGAAAUCUCACCCAAACCAUUUACAUCAACCUCAGACUCAAGAACAGAAAUCAAGUAACAGGAGUUUACUAUGAUGAUCCGGUAUAUGUCAACAUAACUUUCUUUCCCAGAGACCAAAAUACAAGCAUUGCAUUAGGUGAAUACGGGAUGCACGGUUUCUACCAAGGAAACGGAAAGGCCAAGCGGAUUAUGGGCCCGUUGCCGACCCGUGGGUUACCACCAAGCGUGAUCACAGAUGGUGGGGUGAAUAGGACCCAAUUACCAGUUGGGUUUUUCAGGGUUGAUUUCAUUGCCAAUGUGAGGCACAAGGUAGACGGCUACCAUCAGAGACAUCGUUUGUUGUUGUCGGCGAACAUUGAGUUCAAUGGGAUCACCAUGGGCAAUCAGUUUGACAAGAAAGGCAUUAGAUUGGUGAAGUCUGAUGCUUGGUAUGACAAACGACCGCCUAUCAUCGUUGUGCUCGUUUCUAUCUUAUUUAGCAUCAUCAUCAUUUAGUUGUAUUGUUUUGCUCCAUGGAAUUGAUCGAAAACGUCUAUUAACUUCUUUGUUUGGAUGUUUAUCUGUUUGGUUUUGUUACCUGAAGUAAAAUGAUCUCCCUUCUCAAU